AUGGCUAAAAAUGGUGACAUGAUUUCAAAUGGAUUAGAUUCGGUAUCAAAACAUACAGCUAGAGCUUGUACAGUAUCAGCAUUAUGUGGUUCUAUGUUAAUGGCUGCUGCACCUCUGACUGGACCAACUGCACCAGUUGUUGCUUCUUUGGGUGCAACAUCUCAUACCAUAUCUGGCAUUUCAAAAGGUAUUCAGUUGGGUGCAAGGGCUGGUUCUAUUACAGUGAAGUCUUUAACGGACUUUUCAAAAGCGUAUCAAACAACAGAAGGACCACUUAAAGAAAGGUUAAAGAAGGCAUCAAUUCAAGGAGGCAAAAGAUUUGCUCAAGAAGGUACACAAAUAGUUUUUGAGGAAGCGAUAAACAACGUUUUGGCAGAGCAAAUCAAUAUUCUUGGUGAAUUGAAUAGAGAGGGAAUUGGGAUAGAACAAGGGUUGUUCGAUACAUCACAUGUGACAACUGGUGUUUUAAAUGCUGUUGCGGUUCCCGAAGCAACUGAAAGAGGGGGUCUUAUAUUAACAAAUAAAAUGGGGAAAAUGAUGGAGAGAAAAGCACCAACAACUGAGAGGGCAAACAAUUACAAAACAAACAAGUUUAAAAAUAUUUUAAAAAGAAGAAGAAUCACAAGAAAUGCAGUUAAUAAAAUGGAGUCUUUCAGUGAUACAGUGAGAGCUCUGUUGAAGAUAAAAAGAAAAGAAAAAGAAGCUCAAAAACAAGGCAUGAGUAACACUCAAAUAACUAAAACCACAAUUCAGACGAA